UUCAUGCUGACCGAUCCGGAUUCAAACGGGAGCGCAUGACAGGCCGCGAUGGCCGGGGGACGCAGAGGACUAGUGGCCCCACAAAACACAUUUUUGGAAAAUAUUGUCCGACGGUCUAACGACUCCAACUUUGUGCUGGGGAAUGCCCAGAUCGUAGACUGGCCCAUCGUUUACAGCAAUGAUGGCUUUUGUAAGCUGUCUGGCUACCAUCGCGCUGAGGUCAUGCAGAAAAGCAGCACUUGCAGCUUUAUGUAUGGAGAGCUCACAGAUAAGGACACAUGUGAGAAAGUUCGGCUGACUUUCGAUAACUAUGAGAUGAACUCGUUUGAGAUCUUGAUGUACAAGAAAAACCGAACACCGGUAUGGUUCUUUGUGAAAAUUGCACCUAUAAGAAACGAACAGGAGAAGGUAGUGCUCUUCCUGUGUACAUUUAGUGACAUCACCGCAUUCAAACAGCCAAUCGAGGACGACUCCUCCAAAGGCUGGGGGAAGUUUGCUCGUUUGACCAGAGCUCUGACCAGCAGUCGAGGGGUUCUACAGCAACUGCAGCCCACCGUACACAAGGGAGAGAAUGUACAUAAGCACUCACGGCUUGCAGAGGUUCUCCAGCUGGGCUCAGAAAUCCUCCCCCAGUACAAACAAGAGACGCCCAAGACCCCCCCUCACAUCAUCCUGCACUACUGUGCCUUUAAGACCACCUGGGACUGGGUUAUCCUUAUUCUUACCUUCUACACGGCCAUCAUGGUCCCCUAUAAUGUCUCGUUUAAGACCAAGCAGAACAAUGUCACGUGGCUGGUGGUGGACAGUAUUGUGGAUGUGAUCUUUCUUGUGGAUAUUGUACUGAAUUUCCACACAACUUUCGUGGGCCCGGCCGGGGAAGUGAUAUCUGACCCAAAACUGAUUCGCAUGAAUUACUUGAAAACCUGGUUUGUGAUUGACCUGCUGUCGUGUUUGCCUUAUGAUGUCAUCAACGCCUUUGAAAACGUGGAUGAGGUCAUUAUCACCACCUCUGAAAAGCCAAUCCGACAUUUUAAAGAAACAGUUCACCCAAAUAAAAAUUCUACAAAGCAACAAGACUGUGUGCUUAACGGCAUCAGUAGUUUGUUUAGUUCCCUGAAGGUGGUUCGGCUGUUGCGUCUUGGCCGGGUGGCUCGUAAACUUGAUCACUACAUUGAAUACGGUGCGGCAGUCCUGGUUCUGCUGGUCUGUGUGUUUGGACUGGCGGCCCAUUGGCUGGCGUGCAUCUGGUACAGCAUUGGAGACUAUGAGGUCAUCGAUGAGGACCGUAACACAGUACGUACAGACAGCUGGUUGUACAUGCUGGGCGAGACCACUGGGACACCCUACCGGUUCAACGCCAGCGGGACGGGAAGAUGGGAAGGCGGACCUAUGAAAGAUUCCGUCUACAUCACAUCUCUAUACUUCACCAUGACCAGCCUGACCAGUAUUGGCUUUGGAAACAUCGCUCCAACUACAGAUGGAGAGAAGAUCUUUGCAGUGGCUAUGAUGAUGAUUGGAUCUCUCCUCUAUGCCACGAUCUUUGGUAAUGUGACGACUAUCUUCCAGCAAAUGUAUGCCAACACUAACCGUUAUCACGAGAUGCUCAACAGUGUUCGGGACUUCCUGAAGCUGUACCAGGUGCCCAAAGGCCUGAGCGAGAGGGUAAUGGAUUAUAUCGCCUCCACCUGGUCCAUGUCCCAUGGGAUCGACACUGAAAAGGUUUUACAGAUCUGUCCGAAAGACAUGCGUGCUGAUAUUUGUGUUCACCUGAACAGGAAGGUUUUUAAGGAACAUCCUGCUUUCCGCUUGGCAAGUGACGGCUGUUUGCGAGCUCUAGCAAUGGAGUUCCAGACCAUCCACUGCGCUCCAGGCGAUCUCAUCUAUCAUGCGGGCGAGAGCGUGGACAGCCUCUGUUUUGUGGUGUCAGGGUCACUGGAGGUCAUCCAAGAUGAUGAGGUGGUUGCAAUUUUGGGUAAAGGUGAUGUGUUUGGGGACGUGUUCUGGAAGGAGGUGACACUAGCUCAGGCAUGUGCUAACGUGAGAGCGCUAACAUACUGUGAUCUGCACGUGAUCAAACGGGAUGCACUGCAGAAAGUUCUAGAGUUCUACACGGCCUUCUCCAACCACUUCUCACGAAACCUCCUUCUUACAUACAACCUACGCAAACGGCUUGUGUUCAGAAAGAUCAGUGAUGUGAAGCGUGAGGAAGAGGAGAGGUUGAGGAGGAAGAACGAGGCCCCUCUGAAUCUUCCCCCCGAUCAUCCUGUCCGGCGUCUCUUCCAGCGAUUCCGCCAGCAGAAAGAAGCCCGUCUCGCUGGGCAGACCAGUUCCGAUGACCCUGAUCUUGAGAAGGGUCAAAUCCACCAUGAAGUCAUCAGCCAGGAUGUGAUCGCCACCACGAGCAUGAUCACGGUAACUGAGAGCCCUGCCACGCCUAUUCCUUCCCACCCGAGCAAAAAACAAACCCUGAAUCCAGUCGAUCAGGCAAAGCUCAGUGCUCCUACCCCAAAUGCCCCUCGAUCAUCAGAACCACGUGCACGGGGGUGGGCCAGGUUUAGGGAGAGUGUGGCUAAGCCAGAAAACUGGGGAAACGUCCCUAAAGCCGAAUCCAUGGAGACUCUACCUGAACGGAGCAGCUCAGUCAAGACUUCAGAGCCCAGCGGACUGAAGAAGACGGACUCAUGCGACAGCGGCAUCACCAAAAGCGACUUGCGGUUGGACGAGGGUGGUGCUCGCACCCCUGUGGACCGCAGCCCGGUCCAGCCUGAUGGGAAAUCUCCUCCCAUUCCCACAAUCCCCACUAUUCCUGAACACACACUACACGCCUCGAUCAUGGAACUCCGCACUGAACUAAAAGAGGAGCUGUUGACACUAGGUAACCGCAUGGUUGCCUUGGAGACCCAGGUCGCUGAGGUUUUGAGGUUGCUAAGUGGCAGAAAGUCUCCAACCUCUCCCAUGUCACUCUUCCAGAUCUCACGGCCGACAUCACUAGACUCAGACAAGGAGGAUAUUUUCCCUUAAAGAGAGAGAAUGAAAGAG